GUCCCCGUGUCCCCUCCCCGUGUCCCCUCCCCGUUCCUGUCCCGUUAAAGGCGCUCCCGCUCCGCUCUGUCGCCGAUGUCGCCGCGAUGUCGCCGCUCGCCGACCCCGAGAACCCCGCGGGGACCCCGCGGCCCUGCCGGUGCCUCUGCCCGGACCGGGACCGGGACCGGGACCCGAACCGGGACCGGGACCCGAACUGGGACCGGGACCAGGACCGGGACAAGAACCGGGACCAGAACGGGCACCAGAACCAGAACUGGGACCGGGACCGGGACCAGAACGGGCACCAGAACCAGAACUGGGACCGGAACCGGGACCAGAACGGGCACCAGGACCGGGACGUGAACCCGGACCAGAGCGGGUACCGGAACUGGGACCAGAACCGGGACAUGAACAGGGACCCCCACCAGAACUGGGACCAGAAUCGGGACCGGAACUGGGACCAGAACCCGCACCAGACCCGGGACAUGAACCGGGACCCCCACCAGAACUGGGACCAGCACCGGGACCGGAACUGGGACCAGCACCGGGACAUGAACUGGGACAUAAACCGGGACCAGAACCAGGAAAAGAACCGGGACCAGAACUGGAACCGGGACCAGAAGCGGGACUUGGAGCGGAACUGGGACGGUCCCGACGGUCCCCAGCACCGGGACCAGAACCGGGACUUGGAGCGGAACCGGGACCAGAACCGGGAGCAGCACCGGGACCAGAACCGGGACUUGGAGCGGAACCGGGACCAUGCCCAGCACCGGGACCAGAACCAGGACUUGGAGCAGAACCGGGACUCGGACCGGUGCCGGUGCCGGUGCCGGUGCCGGAGGCGCCGCCUGCUCGCGGCUCUCGCCGCCCUGGCCGCGCUGGCCGCGCUCGGAGCCGCCGCUGCGGCCGCGCUGGGCGCGCUCCGGGGGCAGCCCCCGCUGAAGGCCGCCACCGCCGCCCACGUCCUGUUCAGUGCCAGCUCGCCAUCCCCGUCGCUGUCCCUGCGCUACGAGCCCGGCGUCCAGGGCGUUUUCCUGAGCGGUGACAUCCAGCUGGACACCCCGAGGACGCUGCGGGUGACAUCCGCUGGCCUCUACCUCCUCUACGGCCAGCUGGGUGUCACCUGCACGGCGGCCACCUGUCCCCAAGGCGCUGUCACCCUGCGGCUGCGCCGCGCCGCGUCCCCGAGGCCGCUGCUGGCCGUGCCACUGUCCCUGCCCGCUGCCACCGGCGGCCACCAGCAGCGCUCGGCGCUGGCCCAGGCCGUGGCACAGCUGUGGCCUGGGGACACGCUGAGCCUCCAGCUGGUUGGGGACACGGCUGGGGACACGGCUGGGGACACGGGCGGGUGGCAGCUGGAGCAGGAGGAGCGCGAGGGAAACUUCGUGGGGCUGCUGCGGAUCGCGGUGGCGUGACCGGUGGUGGCACCGGGUGGUGGCACCGGGUGGUGGCACCGGGGUGAGGAGGGGCUGGCCGGCCUGGUCACCUGCCGGGGUGGGGCUUGGGGACAUCAGGGUGUCCCGAGUGUGGAGGUUUGGGGACGUUGUCGAGGGACAUCGGUGACGUCCAGACCUGGAGGUUUGAGGAGAAGGGACACCGGUGACCUCCAAACCCAGAGAUUUGGGGACAAGGGACAUCGGUGACCUCCAAACCCGAAGGUUUGGGGACAAGGGACAUCGGUGACGUCCGUGGUUGGAGAUCUGGGGACAAGACCACAACACCCAGAGAUCUGGGGACAAGGGACAUCGGUGACAUCCAAACCCAGAGAUCUGGGGACAAGGGACAUCAGUGACAUCCGUGGUUGGAGAUCUGGGGACGAGGGACAUUGGUGACCUCCAAAC